AUGGCUAGUCAGUCUUUAUCCAGUCAGUCGUCGUCUGAAGAGCGGCGUUUAUUACAUUAUACACUUAAAAUUAUGGAUCGUGAUGCAGCAAAAAAAUUCUUUUGUGACGUUCUUGGAAUGCAUAUGCUUAGACAUGAGGAGAUGGAUUCUGGGUGCAAAGCCAAAUGCAAUGGAGAUUUUGAAUCACCGUGGUCGAAAACGAUGGUCGGUUAUGGAAAUGAAGAUUUAAAUUUUGCUUUCGAAUUGAAUUACAAUUAUGAAGUGAAAGGGUAUGAAAUGGGCAAUGAUUUUCAUUCAUUAACAAUAAAAAGUAAACAAGCUGUGGCAAAUGCCAAAUCAAUCCUUAAUGCCAAUUCAAUACAAAAAUAUGGAAACAAUAAUGAAGGAUAUAUUGUUAACUCACCAGAUGGUCAUAAAGUUAUAUUGUUAAAUGAAGAUGUCGAUCGUGAUGAUGAUCCUGUUGUUCGUUUAUCUCUGAAUGUUUCUAAUCUCGAUCGUUCAAUUAAUUAUUAUACAAAUUUUUUGAAAAUGAAAACAGUAGAUAAAACAAAUGAUCGUGUGCUUUUGUAUUAUGGUUAUGAGAAAUUAGCAAAUACACCAACAAAUGAAAAAACAGCAGCCGGUUUCAAAUUGACAAAUCAAUGCAAAUUAGAAUUAGUUGAUAUUCAUAAACCAAUUCAUCGUGGAACAGGCUAUGGACGAAUUGCAUUUAGUUGUCCAACAGAUGACAUUCCAAAAAUUGAAGAAAUGAUGAAAGAUAAUAAACAAGGUUCUAUAAUCAUACCUGAAAUGAAAUUAGGUGGAUUAUUAGAUACAAAAGUGACGGUUGUCAUAUUGGGUGAUCCUGACGAGCACGAAAUAUGUUUUGUUGGAGAAGAAAAUUAUAUUAAAGCAUGUAAAACAGAUGAUGGAGCAUCGAAAAAAUUUGCUAAAGCAUUAGCAGAUACGAGCGAAUAUCCUAUUGAUGAAAGGCAUUAUGAUAUUGGCGAAGAUGAGAAAACAAAAAAACAGGAAAAUGACAAAUAA